CAUGAGCAGAGCACAGUAGCCAAGCAACAGCGAGCGAGCCACAGUCGGUCACACCCACCGCCGCUCCCGAUUCCUUCAGUCGCCGGCACCGCUGCCAUCCUCGGCUAGAGCUUCUCCAUCCCCUAUCCCUAUAUACCGCAAUCUCCUUCAGAACCACCGGUCGGGAUUGCUGCUCCGCUUCCCAGUCGGAGAUCCGCCCGGAGUGACAUUUGUAUUUCUGGGUAGUCUAGUGGUUGAUUUGCUGGAGAAUUUGGAGAUAGUAAAGAGGUGAUGUGAGCCACAAAGUGAACUUUUUUCUCUGGGCCUAACAUUCUAAGAACAUCUUAUACGUAUUUGUGAACGGAGGGAGUACUAUGAUAUGGUUGUGCUUGUAAGUUGAAGCCAUGGGAAGGCAAGUGGGAGCUUCUUGAUAAUAUUAUCAUAUAAGUGUAAGCCAAAUCCCAAGUGAACUGAAGCCCCAAUGGGAGUGAGCUUCUAGGACAUGUAAAAGGCAACUCCAGUGAGCUGGUAACUCAGUGAUUUGGAAUGUUUUUCCGAGCUGAAGCAGAGAAGUCUUGGAGCUGGAUAAUAAUAAUCUUUUAGGGAUAUGCUCCAACCAAGGGAAGCUGAUGUGCCUGCACUCUUUGUUGUAUUUAUUGUACUUCCGGUGAUAGCAUAUUUUCUUCUUGGGAGAUGGCAUGAUUCUGUAAGUAAGAAAACAAGAGUAGGUGUGCUUGGCCAGAAAGCUGCAGAAGAAGCCUUCAAAGCGGAAACAAUGGCAUGCCCAGAUGUUAUAUUGCCAGGACCGUCUCUGAGACCCAUGCCUUAUUUGAGAUCUGUUCCUUCUUUAAGAUCUGAAUACCACGAGUGUGCUACUUGUCGUGGCCCUGCAAAGACUAGGUGCUCCAGGUGCAAAUCUGUUAGAUACUGCUCUGGAAAGUGUCAAAUUAUACACUGGAGGCAAGGGCAUAAACAAACAUGCCAGCAGUGGCAUGCUAACGGUGGUAGCAACUCUGGUGGACUAUCUCCGACGGGGAGUUCUGAACAAAUGCCGUUCUUGACUAACCUGAAUUCACCUCUUCCAGGGGGUGACAGUCACCUGCAUGAAAUGAAUUUUGACACAGUAUCAGAGCCAUCCUUUGCGACAACUGAUAGCUAUAUUCUUGAUACUGAUCUAUUCCUGGCAGACAGAAGCAACAUGAAUGAAUCAAAUCAAAGUCUUCUUUCAAGAGUAAAUAGCGCUUCUGUUGCAUCUUGUGAAAAGAGCAAUUACGGUGUUGAUGAAGGAACCAACUCAUCUGAGAUAUUAUCAGCAAAUAAGGUUUCAAACAACAGUUAUGGUUGUUUGGAGGAAAAGAAUGACAACCAUGAUUUUACUUAUCCUCUCAAUAAUACGGUACAACAACCCAAUAAUUGUGCUCCGGAAACAACAAAAUGUCCAAAAGCAAGCAUCACAGUUUAUGAACCUGACAUGGGUGUCUAUUUAACUUCUGAUAUGAUGAGUUCUUGUGAGGGGCCAUAUUCUUCCGCAACAGAGUCGCUACAGAGGAGCAAAUCAUCUGGAAAAUAUAGUGGGAGAGGAAAUGUGAUCUAUAUGAAGCCUCCUUAUCCACCAGGUAAGGUGACUUCAUCACAAAAAACACAGGAGGUGUUGGCAUCAUAUCAAUACAAUCCCCAUGAGAAGAACACUUCCUGCAAAAAUGAGCAAAGAUCUGCAAAAUCAAGUGCUUCAACAAACAACAAUUUACAAGGAUGCACUGGAAUCUCAAAAUUAGGAGCAUCCAAGGUUGAAGUCUUGAAGAAGCCCUCAAAAUUUCUCAAAACCAGCCUGGUGGGUUUAAUCAAUGAUAACAAGAGGAGUAAGUUUCAGGUAUUGUUUCGCUAUGAAGAUCUCGUUAAGUUCUUCCAGUACGAAGUACGGGGCAUUUCUCCCAGAGGUCUUUUCAACUGUGGGAACAGCUGCUAUGCUAAUGCUGUUCUACAAUGCCUCAUGUGCACAAAGCCCCUGAUGAUCCACCUGCUUCUGAGACUGCAUUCUAAAGACUGUUGCUCAAAGAACUGGUGUCUUAUGUGCGAACUUGAGCAAUAUGCUUCAACUUUACGUGAAAGUGGUGGACCUGUGUCUCCAAGCAGAAUCCUUUCGAAUCUAAGGAACAUUGGAUGUCGCUUGGGUGGUGGAAGUCAGGAAGAUGCUCAUGAAUUUUUAAGGCAUCUUGUGAUGUCUAUGCAAGCAGCGUGCCUGGAUGGACUGGGUGGUGAGAAGCAAGUAGAACAAAGCUUGCAGGAAACUACACUGAUACAACAGAUGUUUGGUGGACGCCUUAAAUCGAAGGUUAAGUGCCUCAGAUGCCAUCAUGAAUCUGAAAGAUACGAGAAUAUAAUGGAUCUUACUUUGGAGAUUCAUGGUUGGGUGGAGUCCUUGCAAGAUGCUUUGACACAGUUCACUGCUCCUGAAGAUUUAGAUGGGGAUAAUAUGUAUAAAUGUGGAAGGUGUUGUGCUUAUGUUAAAGCUAGAAAACAACUAAGCGUGCAUGAAGUGCCAAACAUAUUAACGGUAGUUUUAAAAAGAUUCCAGACAGGAAAGUAUGGCAAGAUUAACAAAUGUGUCACUUUUCCUGAUAUGUUGGACAUGGUUCCUUUUGUGACUGGGGCUGGUGAUCACCCGCCUCUUUACUUCUUGUAUGCUGUGGUUGUACACGUGGAUACAGAAAAUGCAUCAUUCUCUGGUCACUACAUAUCGUAUGUCAAAGAUAUGCAGGGAACGUGGUUAAGAAUUGAUGACUCAGAGGUCAAGGCUGUAUCAUUGAAUCAAGUUAUGUCAGAAGGUGCAUAUAUGCUAUUCUACUUGAGAUCUUUUCCUCGCCCUCCGAGGAUAUACAUUGAGAAAGGCUUAUUGCCUGAUCCAUCAUCUUCAUAUUGUCACUCAUCAAAAUCCUCCAAGGGCUCUUCUAAACAAGAGCAGAAGCAGACAGAAUCGCUCUUUACUUCCGAUGAUCAAAUCCAUGGUAUUUAUGAUUUUAGACCAGAGGAGGAAGGUUACAGACAAGAUCAACAUGCGAGGUUGAGGUCCCAAAAUUUAUAUCACACUGAUGAUGCUUUUGCAGAUUCGGUUAGCACAGACUUCUCAGACGCUACAUCAAGUGAAUGGUCCCUGUUUACCAGCUCUGAUGAAUCUUCGUUUACCACUGAAAGCACUAGAGAUUCAUUCAGUGUUGUAGAUUAUGGUGACAAUGCUGGCCUUGAUCCAAUCACCUCAAUUUUUGGGCCAUAUUAUGCUCCUGACCAUCCUCUUGGCAACUUUGCCUCAUGUACAAGGCUCUCGUCUUCCAAUCCACAAACAAGAUAUUUUCCGGAAAGCAUGGGUUUUGUCUCAGAUUCUUCCUUGCCAACUCACCCCUACGGCAAUGUACAUAGAGGAAGAUAUCCAGACAGGGCUUGCGCGUCUUCAGCCGAACCUCUUGCUUCACCAAACCAGCGAAGCUUGUACGGUAGGUAUAACCAUAGUAGAGAUGGUUUUGUUCAAACAUCUGGGUUUUGUCAUAUGUAAUGGUCUACAUCUGAUAGUUUUAGUUGGAGCUGGGCUGAUAUGGUUAGCAGUGCCGUUAAUAUCGCCUCAUGUUCUUUUAUUUCAGAGGCAUAUUUAAUUGUAGCUGCAUAUUCUAGAUGUAGUUCACUCAGUGUAGCGAAGUAACUAGAUCUGUCUAGAUGCCUAGCUUUUGGGUUGACAUGUUAGAACUCAGGGACUGGCUUUGUGAAAGCAAAGAUGGAAGCAUUUAUUUAGUGUGUGCGAAAA